AGGGAAGUCUUCCGGCACCCAGACAUGUAGCAGCGAGAGCUUCGAGCCAACGGUAUCGAUACCGGACAAGCUCCUUUCCCGUCUACCUCCUGGCCUGCCGUCGCUUCUUGGUAAUAAAAACCGUUAACUGCAACCAUUCACACCGAAACUCCUUUUAUGUUGGGAGGAUUAAACUAAAACAAAAGUUUCAUGACUCUAUUUCCCUGAAUCACGAACGAAGACGACGAUGAUGCGAAGGUGCAUUUGGGAAAUUUCAUCAGGUCGUUCUGUCAGGCGGAUACCGAGGCAGAUAAUGACUCAAAUACCUUCAUUCCUAUCGUCUAGAAAAGAAUACUCUGUUGCAUCUCAGCCUGGUUCGACAGGAAAACCAUCUGAAUCAGGAAGUGGUAUCACAAAAUUUGUAAUUGGAGGUGUUGCAGUUGGUGCUGCUGUUAUGGGAGCUUAUCAAAUGGGUUAUUUGGAUAAACUUUACGUUCAAGAAUAUAAUUCAACCCCUGAUUCUGCAAAGCCUGAUAGUAGUAAAACUUUAAGAGAUACAGGGCAUUUAGGAGAGCAAUUAGUUCUCCCAAGUAAACAGGAGACAAAUGGAUUAAGCUCUGACAUGAUUCAUACUGAGAAAACCAACCAGGGUCAGUCAGAUGCUCCCAUUUUUCAGGAUCUGGGUAAAAGUGAGGGUGAGAGUCAGGUCAAAGAUAGAUCACAUGUGAUGCUUUCAGAGGAUACAAUCCCCAUCCAAGAGCAAGAUUCACCAAGUUUCCAUCAAGACAGUGUGAUAUCUGAUGGUCAAGGUAGUCAUUUUGACAUGUCAACUGAAAAUGAUCUUAUUUCAAAAGGCAUGGACAGCAGUUCUACAUCCCCAGAAGAUAGUAGGGAACAGGAUAAAGGGGCUGAAAGUACACCAGUUCUUCCUGAUGGAAAGACUAUUUCUGAAGAAGUUGAGAUGGAGGCAGUUGCAGCUCACCAUCAUACCUCAGAUGGCAUUUCAGCGGAGGCACUAGGUAAUGAUGCAAAGCCAACAAGUUCUCUUCCUGACACAUAUUUUCUACAGGAGAAUGAUGAAAGAAGCCCUGGAAUUUCAUUAAUGAGGGAAACCACUGAUAGUUAUGGAUAUUCCAACAAAGAAAAAGAGGCUUCAUUAGGUACUAGUGAAGAUUUGAAGACUGCAUAUAUAUCAAAGGAUGGACAAUUAGUUCUUGAUUUCUUACAAGCUAUUCAUGCUGCUGAGAAAAGGCAAGCUGAGUUGGACGCACAGGUUUUUGCUGAAGAAAAGAGAAUAUUGAAGGAGAAGUAUGAAAAGGAACUGAAGGAUGCACGGGCAAGGGAACUUAUGUAUGCUGAAGAGGCAGCUAUCUUGGAUAAGGAGUUAAACAAAGAUAGAGCAAAGGCAGCAACCACUAUUAAAUCACUUCAAGAGAAAGCAGAAGAGAACCUUAAGAGGGAACUAGAACGCAAGGAAAAUGAAGCAGAAUUGCAUCUGAAGAAGGUCCAGGAGCUGUCAAAGGCAGAAUUGGCUGCAGCUAUUGCAAGUGAAAAAGCAUCCCAAAUUGAAAAAAUGGCAGAGGCAAACCUUCAUAUAAAUGCCUUAUGCAUGGCAUUCUAUGCACGAUCGGAAGAGGCUCGACAGACUCAUUCUGUCCAUAAACUUGCAUUGGGAGCAAUUGCCUUGGAAGAUGCACUGGCUAAAGGGUUGCCUAUUCAGACAGACAUAGAUGCUUUGCAAAAUUACCUUGAAGGCAUUGACAAAGAUUCAUUUUUGGGUUUAGUUCUUUCAUCUCUUCCAGAGGAAACACUGAAUCAUGGUACAGAUACUCUGUUGCAGUUGAAUCAGAAGUUUGAUGCCUUGAAGGGGACAGUAAGGCAUUAUAGCUUUAUUCCACCUGGUGGGGGGGGCAUCAUGGCACACUCGUUAGCUCACAUUGCUUCUUUGUUAAAGGUGAGAGAAGAUGACCAAUCCGGCGAUGGUAUAGAGUCUGUUAUCAAUAGAGUUGAGAGCUUCUUAGCUGAAGGGAAACUUGCUGAAGCAGCAGAUGCUCUUGAGGGAGGUGUUCGUGGUAGCCAAGCAGAGGAAGUAAUAGGUGAUUGGGUAAAACAAGCAAGGAACAGGGCCAUCACAGAGCAAGCUCUGUCCCUGCUUCAAUCAUAUGCUACUUCUAUCAGCAUUUCUUAAAUCAUGAGUUUUUUUUUUUUCCUUUUUUUACAUUUUUUUAUCUUUAAAAGAAAGAAAAAAUUUGCUCGGGGUGGGUUUUGCCCAAUUGUCCUUAACACUAAAAUAUUGUUAGUUCUUAUGCCCAUUUCAGUUUUCUUAGGUUUUGGGGAGUAAUGAUUAAAUGGGAAACCUCCCCUUUUCAGCGACUCCAACUUUUGUAUGCAGUUACUUGCAGCGGUGCGUUGCACUACACUGAACAGAUUACUUAAAACAUUUUCCAAAUAAAAUCUGAUUUUUUCCA